AGAACCACUCAUUGUUUUGCCGCCAGGUUUCGAAAUGAUGACUGAUUACAACGCGUAAAACUGGGAAAAUAUUUGAUUUGCCAAGAUCACAUGAGUUUUCCCUCCCAAAGUAGCGUCAGAGGAAACCAUGCAGCUGAUAAGGCCACAAGACAUCGGCUUGAACUGCAGGACAAAGUGUUUCACUCGGCAAGUGACGCGUUAGAAGCCUACAUCGCCGAUUUCGAGAAACGGACACAACUUUAUUCGCGUCGUCCAUCAGAUCUUCUUGCACCCAAACCGAAAUACUACUUCAUGGAUGCUUUAGAGAGAAGCCUUAGGGGUGAUUCCUCGCCUGCAAAGAAAGCUGAGCAGCUAGUGCAGUGGGUUAACCAGACAUACAACCGCGAUCUGUCUGCUAGAGUUGAACCGUUUGGUCACAAAUCUUCUCCCGAGUUACCCGUCUCAUCAUUAAAGCAAAGGACAACGCAAAGUAAAGGUGCUCAUUCAAACAGGAAAUCAGGCCAUGUAGCGAUGCACCAACAAGUAUCUCCCCAUCGAUACAGGGAUGAUGAUGAUUUGUCAUCCCUACCCUCCGCUAGUUCAUCUGUCGUUGACCUUGAUAGUAAUGCAGAGACUGUGGAAACUGAUGUGUUGCUCAGCAGCUACAAAGGAGACUCUGAUGAUUAUCCCAUACAAAGAUCAAGAGAAAGCCCCGGAAGCCAUGCCUAUGGCCACCCCUCUCACAGCAUGGAGGGAAGCACUGAGUACCCCAGCUGGGUGUCGGCCGUUGGCAAGGAAUAUCCCACAUGGGUAGAAGACCUGGACAGCACUUCAGUCUCCAGGGCACACAGAAGUCCUCAGCACCGUCACAGCCCGUCGUCCAGUUCCGAUUUGAAGCACUCCAGUUCAUCCUCUCUUAAAGUAUCUGACCUCAGGUCCAAAUCAAGUCCGGGUAGACCACACCCAAAACGCGAUUGGCCAGAUACCGCAAGUAUAGACACUGAUAUGCUGGUCUCCCAGUCCAUAUAUGGCACCAAGCCUGUAAACAUGGGCGGUGACUUCCAUAAGAGCCUCUACGAGGACAAAAACGUUGCAAGACUCAAUAAAGAGUCUACUAGGAAACUGAAAAAAGGGGAGAGAUCUCGUACAAGAACUCGAAGUGAGAGUUCUCCUAAGUCAAAGAGUCUGAUUCACACGCCUAGUGGGCGACCUUUGUCUCCUAGGGGGUAUCAAAGCGUGCCCCCCAAGACAAGCAGACGGCCGGAAGCGAGCGUAUCGCCCAGUACCUACAGGGACUAUUCGCCAUUAAGGUCGGAGCACUUACGCGCUGCAAGCUCGAGUGAGAGGUUAGAGCCUCGGACUGGGGGUUAUAUUUCUUUACGAGAGGGGAAUCAGAGUGGAGAUAGAGAAAGGGGACAGAGAUAUGUAUCACCUUCGACUUUGAUAAAGCAGAAAGUGUCUGGUCAGUAUAAUGAGGAGUAUUCGCCGAGUUCGAGGAAAGAUCACGAGGGAACAAUGCACUCAACUUACCCUGGAACACGUAAGGAGCUGGAUUCGAAUCAAUACAGAGAGGACGAGUUUUCGCCAAGCUCUCGAAGACAUUACGACCGAACGAAGCCGUUUUCUUACUCGAAGAAUAACUCACGGGAAGAUCACGAGCGAACAAGACAGUCUGUUCAUGGACAAUCAGUCACACAAAGUCAAAACCACUCGUCCAGUAACGCAAGACGAAUAGAAAAGCACUCACCCAGUCACUCAAAACAUUAUGUGCCUCGCUCUAAAAGAACAAAGGGUUCCAAGCAAAAAAGUAAGGAGAGAAAGGAGUUUGAGGGGGAGUCUUCCGACACUGACCGAGAGAUGAGAAAAUCGCCUACUGGGAUCCGCAUGGAGAAGAUGUACCGUGAGCCAUCGACCAUGUACCCAUGGAAAACAGUGAUCCAGUCAGGUAGCCUGCAAGAUAAAUCAGUCUCAUUCAGCGAUAACCAGGGCUAUGGGCACCCUGUGUACGAAUCCACACCUGCAGUAAUGCCAAAAGAAGACAUAAAAUACGUUUCUAAAGGUCCGAGAAGCGAUCCUAAUGAAACGCCGCAUUAUGAUUUCCGUGAGACGUAUACAACUAAACGAGUCACCCAUUACGAAAAGAGACCGCCAGGGAACUUGAAAUCUAGCCCCAAACCAGUUUUUACUAGUACGACAAAGCAAGAGAGUAGUGUUCGCCACAAGCCGCCGUCUGGGCCUAAAAGUACUCAAAGGGUCGGACACCGCAGAAGUCGGACGAUGCCUGACUUGCGAAAGGUCGCAACGAAAUCGCGGCACCUUCCGCGAGGUUCUCGUCACAGUUACGAUGAUGACAUGCUCAGUGUCGUGACUUCCGAUACAGAAGUCCUUGUCACGCAACCAUCGAUGCCAAUUGUCGAUGUAAGUCCUUCAUUGACAUCUGUUUCGGACAGUAGCGAUACCCUUGUCGGGACGGACUCGGAAAGUGAUCGUAAUGUUCGGGAGAGGACUCGUGGUAAAUUGGGAAAAGGAACGAGUACUGUUAGGUUUAGUUCUGAGAUUACCGACGAGCAAAAGUUGGUGCCGAAUUCCGUGUUCGCUUCCUCAAGUCCGUACGCUGCCGUCAGGGAGGAGUUACCCAAAAGAUACCACCUUUGGAAACUAGAUGAUGAUACAACAGCCCCAGAUAGUUUCAUACGUAAAAAGCACACACCCAACGACAAGACUACUAUCAUCUCAUCGUUCCUUGAAGACUGUCUUAACAUUGACGAGAACCAAAACGAAAUAAAGCCACGGGCGCCUGAAUCCUCUAAUUAUGAAGAAACCUUUAUUGCGGACAAGACGGAAGCCAGUCGCUGGACCGGGCGGAUCAGAGCCCCCGGUCCAGUGGAAGCACUGAAAAACAUGCUGUUCACAAUGCAGGACAUGGCGCACCGCGAAGAUGGCGAGGACGAAGGAGAAUCUACAACAUACAGGCCAUCGCGUACGCCUGAAUUGCGUGUUAACGAUCUCGCUAGUGUUUCAGACGAUACGAGUGAAUACUCGGAUAUAUUCCGUGGCCACGAGUCAUUACAAAGAGCAUACCAUCACUUGGAGCGACUCAAACAGCUGGUGGGGAGUGAGGACGAUAGAUCGACCGCCAGCUCAGAGUUCUGAGUCGGGCGCCUUCAUGCUAUGAUGGUGGCCCAAGCUAUAUCAUGAGACAAGGUUUAAUUAAUAGGUACUCGAUUUUGUGAUAAACAGUUAUAUAUUUAUUACAGUGGAUGUGUAUAUAUUUUCUAGCAUACGCCGUAAAAACGCACAUCCUCAUUACAAUAUACUUUAUAAAUUAACAGUAGUUAGGUCUAAAAAUAGUGGAAUUAUAAAAACAAUAGAUAUUAUGUGGAAUAUCUUUCCUAAAAAGUGAUUUUAAUUGAUAUAUUUUGCUAUAAAAUAAAAUUAUUCCAAAAUUGUA